AUGGCAGCGUCUCUCGUCUCCACCGCUACCCCAGAGGAAAUCACCGCGGGGUCAUAUGUUGGUUUCGACUCUAUCACUCGGCAAAUCGAGCACAAGCUCUUGAAGCGGGGUUUCCAAUUCAAUGUCAUAGUCGUCGGGCAAACCGGCUUGGGUAAAUCAACCCUCAUCAACACUCUCUUUGCUUCCCACCUGGUCGACUCAAAAGGUCGUACUGAGCCGGACAUUUCCCCUCGUGCCACCACCGAGAUUCAUCCUCAAUCACAUGUAGUCAUCGUCGAAAAUGGUGUCAAACUUCGACUGAACAUCAUCGACACUCCCGGUUAUGGAGACCAGAUCAACAAUGAAGGCUGUUGGGAACCUAUCAUCAAAUACAUCAAGGACCAACACUCGGCAUACCUCCGUAAGGAGCUUACCGCCAUGCGAGACAAGUUCAUCCCUGAUACUCGAAUCCACUGCUGCGUAUUCUUCAUCAACCCCACAGGCCAUACUUUAAAGCCUAUUGAUAUUGUGGUGUUGAAGAAAUUGGCAGAGGUGGUCAAUGUUGUGCCUGUGAUCGCCAAGUCGGACUCUUUGACCUUGGAGGAGAGGGCGUUGUUCAAGGAAAGAAUCAUGUCUGAGAUGCAACAUAACCAGAUUCGUCUUUAUCCCUUCGACGCAGACGAGAACGAUGACGAGGAAUUGCAGCUCAAUGAGCGUAUCAGGGAAAUGCAGCCUUUUGCCGUGGUCGGAUCGGAACGUACCAUUGUGAUCGACGGCAAGGCGACCCCUGCUCGUAAACAUCGUUGGGGAAUUGUGAACGUUGAAGAUGAAAGGCAUUGCGAGUUUGUAUACCUACGAAACUUUUUGACGCGGACCCACCUGCAGGAUCUCAUCGAGACCACGGCUCAUAUCCACUAUGAGACCUUCCGAUCCAAACAGCUUUUAGCGCUGAAAGAGUCUUCCGCGAAGGCUCAACAACAAGCAUCCCAGACGAGUAAUGCUUAA